ACUGAUUGUAAGAUGGCCCGUACCAAGCAGACCGCCCGUAAGUCCACCGGAGGAAAGGCUCCCCGGAAGCAGCUGGCCACGAAGGCCGCCCGUAAGAGUGCACCGUCGACCGGUGGCGUCAAGAAGCCACAUCGUUAUCGUCCGGGAACGGUCGCUCUGCGUGAAAUCCGUCGUUACCAGAAGUCGACGGAGUUGCUGAUCCGUAAGCUGCCGUUCCAGCGCUUGGUGCGAGAAAUUGCGCAGGAUUUCAAGACGGAUCUGCGCUUCCAGAGUGCUGCUGUGGCUGCACUGCAGGAGGCUAGUGAGGCGUACCUGGUGGGUCUAUUCGAAGACACGAAUCUGUGUGCCAUCCACGCCAAGCGCGUCACUAUUAUGCCCAAGGACAUCCAGUUGGCUCGUCGUAUUCGUGGAGAGCGUGCCUAAGCAG